ACAAAAACAGAGACUUGUUGGCAGUUGUUGGAGGUUAAUUUUUCAACACUCGACUAUUCAUUGUUGUGCAAUAAUUGUGAUUAGUAUUUUAAAAAAAAUCGAAUGUGCAUUUAUCAGAAGAAAAUGAAGUUCUAGUGACCGUGGCAUCGGGGUGAAUAUGAGUGAAUGGAGUGAGGGAAUUUUUAGCUCUACAAUUGAUAAUUUCGGUGUGAGUUGAUGCCCUGAGGGAAUAGGAAGUUUAUCAAAGAAUUUUAAUUAGUUAAUUAAUUAAUCUAUCGGGAAUAGUAUAUUUAUGGUGACCCGUUGAGGUUCUAGACGUGAAGGUCUCGGAUUUAACUAGUUUUUGGUAUUUUUUGACUGAAAAAUGAAUAAAAUCCGAGGGGAGUCUGAUCGCAUCCCUCUAAUUGGGGAAGAUCACAACACUAGUUAUCGGAUUAUUAUUCCCUUUUCGAAGUUGGCGUGGUUGACAGUCUCCUUACCAUUUUUUGCAUUUAUCUUUUGCAUACUGUGGUCUAUUAUUUACAAUUUCGAGCAUGCCACGUUUACACAUUGUCAGGUUUACAACUUCUUACCAUCCAUAUCAGCAGCCAUUGGUAACUAUGAACCCCAGAGGAAUGUCUGGAAGACAGCUAUUGCUAUACAGGCUGUCAACAGGUUCCUGGUAUUCAUUAUGUAUUAUUAUUACUAUAAAGAAGUUACUCAUAAGUGGGCUGAGGGGGUCAGCAGGGCUGCGUUGUUCGCUUACAGCCUCGAAAAUCUAUCACUGGUGACUUUGAGCUUCUGGACUUCCAAGGAGAAUUAUGCUUUCCAUAAACUCUCCUUCAUAACUUUUCUCAUAAUAUCCCUGAUCCACAUGGGAUUAUCAAUUUAUAUCGAGAAAAAUUGCAGACAUAUGUCGAGGGAUGCCAAUGAGCUGAGGUCAUAUGUUCUCAAGACGAGAGCAAUGACUCUCAAUAUAUUUUCCAUUCUUAUGGCGUGUUAUUUUUUCUGGAGGCACAAUGCAUAUUGUGAACCUUUCGUGUAUUCAAUGUUUGCUUUGUUCGAGUACAUGGUGGUGUUGACAAACAUGACUUUCCAUGUAACAGCAGCUUGGGACUUUGCCGGCAGAAGUCUAUUGUUUUCAACAAGGGGAGUGAGAAUAGUUUAAUUUGUUAAUAUUUGUAAAUAUGAAUAGGAACUGAAUGAGGAGUCAGUGGGUUUUUUACGUUCAGAAAUGGACCUGUGCCAGAGAUUUUAUCACCUUUUAAAUAUAUGGAAUUAUUUAAGAA